AUUUGCGAAGGAAAAUUGACCUUGGUUACUUCUACCUUUUACCGUAUUCUUUUUGUUUUCAGUACUUGGGCAGAAAAAUAGUACUAUACAGGAUUAAAGAAUUGCCAUUGAAAGAAUUCUUUUGUUCCUCGUUUAUUUUUUGUAGCAAACAAAAAAAAAGAAACGAACACAACGUAGAACCACUCUCUUUCGCAGUAAAAACGAAAGCUGCACUCUGUGCUCUUUCAUCAUGAACGACCAGGACGUGUUUAAGAUUUUACAGAAGAACUUGAACUUGAGUACCUCAAACAUUUCGUCGUCAUCAUCUCAAAAUGACUUGCCUGCCUCUGGUCCGUCCAGGGUAAUUCAUACCUCUUCUAGCUCCCCUCCUUCUUAUGGAGCAAAUUUUGUUUCCUCUGAUGAAUCCUCCAACGCCAAUUCCAAUUCUAUGCCCAACGUCCUUGGUGGACAGCAACAGGAGCAAGAAGAUCAGAGACCGAAAUUACUAAACCUCUUCAAUUUCGGAGCUGAUAGUUUCCAGCCUCAAACUUCAUCUUCUCCUUCUACAUCUUCCCAAAAUUUGCCAACAUCGCGGAAUGCCGAUGCUCUUCUUCAGGCUUUACGUGAAGGCGACCAUAGGAAGAAAGAAAUUGCCAGACCUGCUCAAGCUAAAGCAGGUUCUGUCUCUCAUACUCCUAGCGACACACCCUUUGAUAUUCAACGUUCAUUUUUCGGCAAACCUUCAAGUCCCCCUCAUAAGCCGGAAACUGCCUUGUCUGCUUCGGAUUUGGAACGCAUGUUGCUCUCUUCCGGAGAUGGUAACUCCAAUUCUAGAAGAACUAAUUUGCCUGGCCCCUCUCUUCAACCUGGUGAAGUUUUCAACUCCCAACCUAGUACAGCAACCACCAUUAUGAGCGGUACCGCUCCCUCGGAGUCACUGGAACAAAAGGAUCCAAGUAAUUCAUCUUCCAUCCUUUCUUCUGGUGUGGGUUCAUCUUUCAGAGUAGAGAGAGAUAGUAGCACUUCUACACCCGCCUCUGUGAUCACGAGCGGUGAAAGCGAUGCUGUCUUUCGCAUCGAUAACCCCGGUUCCGGCGAUUUUGUUUGGGAAACCACUAUCAAUCCUGAUGUCUUUCAAACCACUCCUUUUCCUACGGAUAGCCGUUUCGACAUUGCUAUGGUGGAACGUGAUUUGGACGCUCAAGACAAUCAACUCAUACAUACUAACAAAGACUACAUUGCUUACUCGUUAACCGACGAACCUAUGGUCCGUGUUAUAGAAAUUUCUACUGGAAGAUCUUUCUUGUUGCACAAUACUUCCUCCCAUAAAUUUGUUUCGGUAGUCUGGGGCGAUGAUCCAAUUAUCAGCAAUCGCUUGAUGGUCAUUGAUACCACCGGACAAGUUAUCAUCUAUUCCAUCGACAUGGAAACUGCUUCUUCUAAAAUUAUUUUCCAGCUUUCCGGUGCUCAAUCGCUGUCUGAUCCCAUCAAGUCUAGAUUUCACUGGUACCCCAAUUCAUCUCGAUUUUUUGCCGUUGCUUUAAGUAAACAUAUUAUUUUCUUUGACUUGGAUCUCUGUCACAACAUUCCCUUGCCAAUCUCCAGAUCCAUUAGCGUUAUUCAACAAUUACCCUGCUUUUUGAUCGAUACAGGUAUUAGUGCUAAAGAAUACGACUUCUCUGCUGAUGGUACCGUUUUCGCCACGGUGGACAAAGACGCUCUAAUAAAGGUAUAUCCGACUCCUUGUACAUUUCCCUCUACUACUGAGGAUCGACCAAAGCCAUCGGAAAUUACUCCUAUUGCUACCUUUACGACCAGAACAGAACGUGGAAAUUCGAAGGUGUUGGAAAAGCCAAUUAAUUUACGAUUCAUCUCCACUCCUGGCACUAAUAACAGUCGUUAUUUGAUUGUGGUCUAUGUAUUGAAUCAACUCAUAACUGUCUUUGACACCUACUCAAAGAAGGUUGUACAGAAAUUUCGGUUCAGCAGCUCUUCCAAUCCUGUGACUACUACUUCCUUUUCACAAUUGUCAGUUGAUCAUGACCGUAAAACGCUAUUGGUUGGUAAUCCACCUUCCAACACAAUAUUUUUCUUCCUUUUCUGUAAGGAAGAGUCAGCUUCGGAUGUUAAGAAUUUUGCAUCUACGUAUGACUUGGUUGUGUCAUCUAUCAAUAGCAACGAAUCGGUGAAAGCAGAUGCGAAGUUUUCGUACGUAGCUGCCAAAAGGUUUAAUGACGCCUCGUGUGUCAGUUUCACAUGUUGUAAGUUACUUAAUGAUCCUCAAAAGUACUGCAUUGUCGUUAGUACCACUAAAGGAUACGAGUAUUAUGUUUUACCACUAUUCAAAGUUGAAAGAAAUGUUGAGCGUUUGGCUUCACUAGAAAGUAAAAAGAACUGGGAAGCGGAUGUUGGUGGGGUGGUUACCGGAGAACGACCUUCAAUAUCCCCAUCUCAAUCUGCGUCAGGUGUAAGCACACCCAGAUCUCAAACAUCUGUUUUUUCUAAAAGGAGAAAAGACAAAGGUGAAAGACAUGAAGCGAAGCAUAAGAGUGUGCCUUCCCAAUGUGGGUCUUCUUUGUCGUCUAGUGGAGCAGCUGAUGCUUCUAUGGUUGAGAACAUUGUUUCCACUGCACUCACUACCCUAGACAAAAACGUCCAAAAGAAUUACGAAGGACUGAAACAGUUGAUUUUGAAUUACAAAGCAAACCAGGAAAAGCAUUUUAAUGCUGUGUUAUCUGCUGUUUCCAGUACUCUUACCGAAAAUACUGGGAAAAUAUUGGAAUCUGUUGUAGACCAAGCAAUUAAGAAUGCCGUUACGGACGAAAUCCACGAUUUUGUUGAAAAAGCCAUGAAGGAUCAUUUUAGUAUCUUGCAAACUUCAUUAGAAACAAAAAUAAAAAAUUAUGAUGAGAGUAUGCGUUCGGAUUACGGACAACACACAAAUACCUUGUCAGAUAUUCUGGAUCUUACAAAUAAUGUGAUUAAGUCACAGAACGAAUCUGAUAAACAAUUUAACGAGCUAACCAGCCAUGUCAAGAAUUUGGAAGGCUGUGUGAAUUCUUUAAUGGCUAAGAUUGAAGUUUUGGAAAUGAGAGAUGUUAAUGAAAGAAAAGAUCAGGAUUUAACAGAAGAGACAAGGCCGGAUGGUAAUGAAGAAGUACCUCCUUCGACUGACUUAGCAAAGGAAACAACUCAGUCCGAAAUUUCUGAUGCUGAAAUUGGUGCCGUUCCACCUGAAAACAAAGAGGAAGUGGCAGAAAGCACAAAAAUUCCAGAGUUGGUCGAGCAAGGGUCAGUCCGUGAAGCAUUGUCAGAGUGGUGCACAUCUCCCUCGUUUGAAAACUUCAAAGUGAUCUGCACAUUGCCGAUUGAGUCCAUACUUGAGAACUGCGGUAGUCUCCUUUUACUAACAUUUGCUUAUCAUAUCGCACUUUAUGACGUCUAUGAUGAUGAACUUUUGUCUAAACGUUUGGAGUUUAUUGCUAAAAUCUGCCUUAGCAUUGAUGUGCAUGAUUCUAAGAUUGAGACCGUGAUCCAUCCUGUGCUUACACUUGCGAAGGAGUCUUUAAUUAAGCAGUCUAGUAAUUUCUCACCUGUCUUUCAGAGGCGACUUGGCAUUGUUCUACGUGCCGUUGAUGGAAAAAUUUCGGAGGUCAACCCUUCCGUAUAAUAAGGAAGUUAGAGGUUCAAAUUAAUAAUACCUUUUUAAUUAAUUGCUGAGUUUCGGUGGAAAAUGACCAGAAUAAUUAACUGGAUAGUUGUUUUUGAAGUUGUCAAAAGAAAGCUACCAUUGACUAGGUUUAUGAUUACCAUGUGAUGACUAUCUUCGAUGUUUGUUCUUUCAAUUAAUUGUUUAACUUUUUUGUAUGUCUUCAAACUAUGUGGUAUGAGGGAAAUUUGGUAAAUGAUAAUCUGGAUUUUGUGUUCAACUUGCUAUAGUAUAUCUCUUUCUAGAAAACAAGAGGAUACAUUACUGUUUGGAUUGAUCGGUUCUUUAUCCUUAAUUAUUUAAUUUUCUAAAUGCUAGGCUACUUGAUCUUUUUUGUUCUUGAAGAUUUCUUUCUUCAUGCUAAAGCAUCAAUUUGUAUAAUGCAGCAUUUGAAUUCUUUGCAUAUUUUUCAUAAUGAUAAUAUCCACACUCAAUGAAUUUGCCAUUUAAUA